GGAGCUCACCGGAUGCUCUGAUAUAUACACUCUGGUGUGUUACACAGUUUUUAUUCCGUCUCACGUUGAACUCUGUCAGAUGUGUGUGAUCCAGCAGGGAGAAAAGACGCACAACUCAAAACUCAACUAUGUUGGGUAAGAGAUCGUUAUUAGCAGCUCUGCUCGCUGUGGUUGUUGGAGUUUACCUGCUGCCUUCUCCCAUUGACCCCAAACCACACGUACUGAAGGGCCCUCCUCCGCUCCUCGAGGGGCCGCUGGCUGUCAACACCCGGCUGCAGACGGGCCGCAGGCUGUUCACUGGGAAACUACACGGACCAGAAUCCUUCACUGCGGAUGAGGAAGGUAACGUGUACACAGGGACGGUGGACGGGAAGCUGUGGAGGAUCGGUCCUGACGACAGCCUCACCCUCAUCACACACAUGGGACAGGAUCUACCAGAAUGCGGCAGCAGUACAGACUAUGAGCCCGUGUGCGGUCGUCCUCACGGCGUUCGUCUGGAUCGUCGCGGUCAGCUGAUAGUUGCCGACUCGUACUUUGGGCUGCACAGCGUCGACCCCAAAACUGGAGAGAAGACUCUGCUGCUCGCUAAUUCACAAGGUGCUGAUGGCGUUCCCUUUGCCUUCCUGAACGGUCUGGAGAUUUCCCCUCAGACUGGGAUCAUUUAUUUCACCGACUCGUCCAGUCGCUGGGGACGCAGACACGUCAAACUGGAGGUGAUCGAGCUGAACAGCCUCGGCCGUCUCCUCUCCUACGAUCCAGAGACAGGAAGUGUGAAGGUCCUGUUGGACUCUCUCUACAUGCCCAACGGCAUCGCCCUGUCGCCUGACGAACACUUCCUGUUGCUGGCGGAGACGAGCAUCGGACGUGUGCUGAGAUUUUGGCUGAAGGGCCCGAAGGCCGGCACCAAGGAGAUCCUCCUGGACAACAUGAUCGGUUACCCAGACAACAUACGCCUUAGCGACCACGGAACAUUCCUGGUUGGCAUAACAACGACACGGUUCCGUAAGGUCACGCCUCCCUUCCUGGACAUGAUCGCCCCGUACCCGGCCGUCAAACGCUUCCUGGCCAAGGUGAUCCCUCUGAGCUGGUACAGCCUGCUGCUGCCGCGUUACGCUCUGGUCCUGGAGCUGGGAUCUGACGGCGAGAUCGUGGGAACGCUGCACGACCCCGAAGGCCGGCUGACGUGGGCCAUCAGCGACGUGUUCCAGCACCGAGGGAGGACCUACCUGGGCAGCACCGACAUGCCGUUCCUGCCCGUCCUGGAGGGAGGGGACAGCUGAUGAUGGACUGAACUGAACGUAGGGUUGUUCAUUUUUUAAAUUUUUGAACAGUUUAAGCUUCUGAUCGAGCAGCUUCCAGGAAUUUUUGUGGUGCUUCAGGAUUUUUAAAUUUUCAGGGUUUUUAGUCGGCGUUCACCUCCGGAGCGAGGAGUGGGUGUUACAUAGAUAUAAACUUCCAUCUGCUCAAACAAAGUGAUGAAAAUGCCGAUAUUUUAAGUUUCCCAGAAAUGGUGAGCUGAAACCACAAUAUAUAGUAUACCGCAAAUAAUGUACAAUUAAAUCAGAGAAAUUAGAUCAUGUAAAGGAGUAAUCCACCGAUUUGUCAUCGCACUGGACGUCUGCAGACGAGCAGCAGAAGAAACACUGGAUCCAUCAACCGUCUUUCCAACCGGAA